AUGCCCACCGCAACGAAAACAUUGGCGUUCCUGUCGAGCUUCCUCACAAGCCUCGGGGCGUUCGUGGUCAUCUGCGCUGUUCUGGGGACCCCUCAGUGGGUCAGCAGCACCAUCACCAUCAGCGAUGACUUCUCCAACGGCAGCAUUAUCAUCACCUACGGACUCUUUCGCGGGCAGAGCACUCAAAAGCUGACUCAUGGACUUGGGGACACAGACAAGGAUUUUGAAGUUUUAGCGAAACUGGGCGAUUCUGCCCCGAAGACGCUGCAUUCGGUGGUGAUCCUGUCCCUGGUCCUCAGCUUGUCCACGUCGCUGCUGAGUGCCGGGUUCACCUUCUACAACAGCGUCAGCAACCCCUACCAGACGUUCCUGGGGCCCCUGGGGGUGUACACCUGGAGCGGGCUCAGUG